GAAGCCGCCCUCUUCGGCCGGGUACUGCAGCGGGCCGACUGCCUGCAGGACUGCCUGGGUCGGCAGCUGGGCUCCUCGCCGUCCGCCCACCGCGCCAGCCAGACCAUCCGCCGGGACUUCGAGCAGAGGGAGCCCUACAACUACCUCCAAGUGGCCUUCUUCCAGCUGAAGAAGCUGGAUCGAGCUGUAUCUGCCGCUCACACCUUCUUUGUCGCUAAUCCCCAGCACCUCCAAAUGCGGGAAGACAUCGAGAAGUACCGGCGUAUGUCAGGGGUGAAGUCAGACAACUUCAGGGACCUGGAGGCCACACCGCACUGGGAAGCGUACGAGGCUGGGCUGCAGCACUACAAUGCCGAUGAGUACCUGCAGGCUGUGGCCAAGCUGGAGGAGUCGCUUACAGAGGCGCUGUCGGCUCUGGAAGAGUGUCGCGCCCUGUGUGAAGGGCCUCGGGAGGACGAGGACGAGGAGGAGGAAGAGAUGCAACCAGGCCUGUAUGAAGCCAUUGCAGGCCAUUAUAUUCAGGUUUUGAAGUGCAGACAGCAUUGCGUCCUUGAAAUUGCCACAAAGCCAGGGCGGAUUUCUGCCAUGGAAGAUUUCAUACCCUCUCAUCUUGAUUUACUGCAGUUUGCCUACGAUCAAGUUGGGAACCAGGCACUGGCUGCUGAGUGUGCUGCUUCCUACUUGCUCUUCUAUCCCACGGAUGAGCCGAUGUUGGAGAAAAUGGAACAGUAUCGCACAGAACUGGGAGAGGACACAGCUGUCACAGCCAGAGAGAGUAUUCAACAUUAUGUGCAGAGAUCUUUGAUGGAGAAGAAGUUGAUUUACUACGCAGUGGAGCACCUAGGGGGAACUUUUAACGACCCUGAUCUUUGGACUCCGGAGGAGCUGAUUCCUGAAAACCUAAAGGAGAAACACAGAGAGGAUCAGGAGAAGCAAAAGCAGGAAACUGUGGAUGUGGAAGAGAGGGAGAAGAGGGGCCCUCUGCCUUUUGAGGGCAUUGCUGUCACGAUGGAUUCCCGCCGAAUGAAUGGAACCCAGAGGGUUGUGUUCGACAGAGUGCUGACCGAGUCUGAGUGUAAGGAUCUUCUCCGCCUGACAAAGGCAGCGGGAGAAGCAGGGGAUGGCUACCGGGCAAGGCGGUCGCCUCACACCCCACAUGAGAGAUUUGAAGGGUUAACUGUUUUGAAAGCCAUGCAGCUGGCCCAGAAUGGGGACGUGGACUGGAGAGAUGCCAAAUUGCUUCUGCAGGCCAGUGAGAAAUCGCGGAAAAUCAUAGAGUCCUAUUUCACUCCUGGAAAGAUGCUCCAUUUCUCAUUCACGCACCUUGUGUGCCGCACGGCUGUAGCUGAGGAACAGGGAGGUCGCAUGGAUCUCAGUCAUCCUGUCCAUGCAGAUAAUUGUCUCUUGGAUCCCGAGGGGCAGGAGUGCUGGAGAGAACCUCCUGCCUAUGUGUACAGAGACUACAGUGGCAUUCUCUACCUCAAUGAUGACUUCCAAGGCGGCGGCCUUUUCUUCACUGAAAUGGACACCGUGACUGUCACAGCCGAGGUGCGCCCUAAGUGUGGGAGGCUGGUAGCCUUCAGCUCCGGCAAGGAGAACCCCCACGGCGUGUGGGCAGUGAGCCGUGGCAGGCGCUGCGCCAUUGCUCUCUGGUACACGCACUCCCAGGAGCACGCUGAGCAGGAGCGGGUGAAGGCAGAGCAGCUGAUGGAGCAGAGAGCUGUGGAGCAGGACCGGCGCGAUGGAGAAGAACGUCAUGGGGCUGAUCACAGUGGCAGAUCCUCCUCAGAGUCUCCCAUUGCCAAUGGCAGAGCCACGCCCACGAGCCAGAGACACAAGCCUAGCUCAGACAGGACGCAUCACCCCAAGGGACUGCGGACCAGGGAUGAGUUCUGA